AUGUCUGGGCUCAGUUAUACAUUCAGGAUGCCGACCUUCCUGACUCCUGGCCGGCAUGGCUACAGUGUAAGGUUUUCUCGUACGAACCCCGACACUCUAGCAGUAGCUACCAGCCAGUAUUAUGGUCUAGCUGGUGGUGGAACAUUAUUCUUUUUGGAACUAACACAAGAUGGAAGCAGUCUUGUUGAAUUACAAAAGAUUGAAUGGAGCGAUGGCCUCUUUGAUGUGUCAUGGUCGGGGUGUACGGAGGGGCUGGCUGCGUGCGGCGCGGGGGACGGCGGGGUGCUCGUCUGCCGGCCGGGGUGCUCCGCCCCUCUCAGAGUGUUGAGAGGACAUCGGGGAGAGGUGUGCUCUGUGGACUGGCCCGGACGACAAGUGUUGAGCGCUAGCUGGGACACUACUGUUAAAUUGUGGGACCCUGAAUCUGAUUCAUGUGUGAGUACAUUCUCGGGUCACUCUCAACUGGUCUACUCAGCGUCAUUCUCACCUCACUCUCCGAGUACCUUCGCCUCAGUGUCUGGAGACGGUCACCUCAAGCUAUGGUCGUGUUCUGAACAACGACCUAUAGCUGUCAUUAAGGCGCACGAUGCUGAGGUGUUAUCGUGUGACUGGAGCGGCGCUGAGAGCCGUCUGUUAGCGAGCGCCGGCUCCGACGGGCUCGUAAGGGGCUGGGACCUGAGGAGCCUCGCCGCGCCCGUCUUCACGCUCAGAGGUUGUGAGCGCGCCGUGCGUCGCGUACAGUUCUGUCCUCACGCGCCGGCCGUGCUCGCCGCCGUCUCCUACGACUUCACCACCAGGAUCUGGGACCUCAAGUUAGGCUGGUCCCCGCUAGAGACUAUUCGUCACCGUUCAGAGUUCACGUUCGGUCUAGACUGGAGCUCGCUCAGACCUCGCUCGCUCGCUGACUGCGGCUGGGACUCGCUCGUUCACGUGUUCGUGCCAAGGACACUCAUGUGA